AUGGCAGCCAGAACAUUACGAAUAGGGCUGAUACCAGGUGAUGGAAUUGGGAGGGAAGUCAUUCCGGCUGGUCGAAGGAUUCUGGAAUCUUUGCCCUCGUCUCUUGGUCUGAAGUUUGAUUUUGUCGACCUCGACGCCGGAUAUGACCAUUUCAAAGCCUUCGGGACUGCCUUGCCCGAAAAGACGGUCGAAACAUUACAGAAAGAAUGUGAUGGUGCACUAUUUGGAGCUGUGAGCUCCCCAACCAGCAAAGUCGCCGGCUACACCUCCCCAAUCGUCGCACUCCGCAAACGCCUUUCCCUCUACGCCAACGUCCGACCCUGCAAAACCGUCCUCUCACCAGCCUUCAAGUCACCCUCUACAUCCCCCAUCGACCUCGUGAUCGUGCGCGAAAACACAGAAGACCUCUACGUCAAAGAGGAAAGGACAUAUCCCGACCCGAACGGUGACGGCCAGAUCGCCGAAGCAAUCAAGCGGAUAAGCACCCAAGCCAGCCGCCGCAUAGCCACGAUUGCGGGAGAGAUAGCAGUCAGGAGGCAGAAGAUGAGACAAAAAGCAAAUGGCCAAGCAGUGCAGAAAGAAGCCAUGGUGACCAUCACCCACAAAUCCAACGUCCUCUCCCAAACCGACGGCCUCUUCCGCUCCACAGCCCGCGAAGCACUCUCCGCCCCAGCCUUCUCGUCGCUCAAGAUCGAAGAACAGAUCGUAGACAGCAUGGUCUACAAGCUCUUCCUACAACCUCAAUACUAUGACGUCAUCGUCGCGCCGAAUCUGUAUGGAGACCUGCUCUCGGAUGGCGCGGCCGCGUUGGUGGGCAGUUUGGGAUUGGUGCCCUCGGCGAAUGUGGGCGAGGGCAUCGUCAUGGGCGAGCCGUGUCAUGGGAGCGCGCCGGACAUCGAGGGCAAAGGGAUUGCGAACCCGGUCGCUACGAUUAGGAGCGUGGGUUGUAUGCUGGAAUUCUUGAAUCAGCCUGAGGCGGCCGACGUGAUCUACAAUGCUGUGGAUGAGGGUUUGAGGGAAGGAAAGUUCACAAGUCCGGAUUUGGGAGGGAAGGCGUCGACGAAGGAGGUUACGGACGAUAUUGUGAGGAGGCUGUAG